AUGAGAUUUGAGUAUAUCUACUUGUGUUUACAAUUAAUGUUCAACUUAUAUAACUUCAAAUAGUAUCUAUAGCAAUUAGAUUUGCUAAUAAUUUAAUAAGAAAUGUGUGUGUUAAAUACAACAUUAAAUGGAUGUAGAACUAUAUUACCCUUUUGUAAUUUAUAUACAACUUAAUAAUUAUGUGAUUAUGCACUUAUUACAUCUAAUACUUAUUGUUAUUGGAAUGGAUCCUCAUGUAUUAAUGCAUAAUGUUUAAGAUAUUAAUAUCACUUCCAAUAUCAUGUGAAUAAUUUAGUUAAUGUAAUCUAAUAGGAAGCACUUGUUGAAAUAAAACGAAACUAUAUGUAAUUCAACUAAAGAUUUAUCAUAAAACAUUUUUGUCUGGAUUAAUAAUAUCUGUAUUAUUAAGACUUGUUCUAAUUAUCCAUUCAAUAUUUUCAUCAUAUGAAUUGUUCAUAAUGGUAAAAAUCAUGUACAGUCAAUUAAAAACAAAAUUAAUGUAUCAAUAUUAUUGAUUGCACAACAGCACCUUAAGAGAUUAAUACAAUCAAUUAAUGUGAAUAACUAAUUUCUUAAUAUUGA